UUUCAUAACUAGACUCUUUUCAAGAAGGCAUUAUUACAUAUAGUAAAAGAAAGAAAAUGACCACCUUUGUCAUUUACCAUAUCAUUAGAAUGAUUUGUUGCAAACACUUUGGAAAAAAAAAAAAGUCAAGUGGGUAGAAAAAGAAUUUUGUUUUAGGAAAAAAUAAAAAGCAGCAAAAUAAAUAGAGAAGUCAACGCACUUAGAAAAUGACGUCAUGUUCCACGUCAGCACCCAGCUUCAUAUCAUAUUUGCUCCCUUUUAAUUUGGAGCUUCCAUACGCAGAGAGACGCCAGUUUUUAUAUAUAAGUACUUCACCUCUCAAACAAAAACCUCCAUUAUUAACUCUCUUCAGAGAAAAAAAAAAAAAAAAAAAAAGAAAAGGAAACAUUUUCCUCAUCACACUAUAUCCACGCGCCAUGUACGGUCACAGUACUAGCACAACAUUUCCACGCGCCGACUUCAGUCUCGGCCACCAUCCUCCGUCCCCUGACGGUGCUGCCACCACCCCGUCACCAUCCUUUCAGCUGUCGGGACAGUUCCCACCUGCAGGUCACCUGAUUAUACCUGACCAGUUGGUAGGCUUUGAGGUCGGUAGUAGCACUACCAGUGGCUGUUGCAGUAGCUACGGUUCGCCUAGUUCACUUGCGAGCUGUGGAACGACAUCGUAUCAGCAAACGAGUAGCUUGAUUCAAAGGAGUAUUAGUAGUCAUUCUCUUCAAAAGAAUGGUUACUAUCCCCAUUGCCAUUUCGCUUGCGAUUUUCUUGACUUGGAUAGCAGCCCUGUUAGAAGGGUUUUUAGUACUGGUGAUCUGCAGCAUGGGCACAAGGCAGACAGCCCUUUAUCAAGUGAGAGUAGUGUGAUAAUAGAGAGUAUGAACAAAGCAUGCAAAUAUAGUCCUGAGGAGAAGAAAGAGAGAAUUGAGAGGUACAGAAGCAAGAGAACACAAAGGAAUUUCAACAAGAAGAUUAAGUAUGCUUGUCGGAAAACUUUGGCGGAUAGCCGACCGCGAAUUAGAGGGCGAUUUGCUAGGAAUGAUGAAAUCGAAAAAAUCCCUCAAAGUCAAUGGUGCAAUAAUAUAAGUGGGGAAGAAGAUGAGGACUAUGACGAUAAUUGGAUCGAUUUUCUGGAUGCAUUUUCAGCGAAUUCAAUCCCUUAAUCCUGAUCAAAACAAGCUUCGGUUGGUCUAUGUGCCAGAAUAUCCUUUAAGUUUCCUAGAGUUGUGAUUUCAGGUUGCUUGUUUCUCACUAUUAUUAUUAUUAUUAUUAUUAUUAUUAUUAUUAUUAUUAUUAUUAUUAUUAUUAUCAU